AUGCCUAAAAACAUGACUCUCCAACAUUUCGGUGCUAGCUUUUUAACGAUUGAUCAUGGCCUAGCAAUAGUGGCACGUGGAUUUGAUAUCUUUGUACGAAUUCUAAGAUAUGCGAAUGUGAACCGUCGAGCACAUGUUCUUUCUUCCUUCUCACCCUCUUUUUCAAACUCUCCCGUUGACUCCACAUGGCAAAGCCUAAAGGAUGAGCUGGAUGAAUGGAGAAAUAUUCAAGAUACGACCGUUCGGUUUCCUGACACCAGUGUCCAGGCACACGUUGCCUUUGGAUACGGCGAACUUUUUACUUAUGUGAAUCUAAUAUUUUUCAUGAGUGUUCUAUUUCUUCAUCGUGACCGUUUAUUGUCCGACUUAAGACGCUUCUCCGAAGCACAUGCCGAUAACAGGAACAAUACAACGGUUGACAGCGAAGACAGAGUUCGAAAUGAUGACGAUGCCACUCUCGUGUGCAUAUUUGAAGCAGCUAAAAAUAUUGGUGUUAUUUUAUCGGCUGUGGAGAAUUCUCAAGCACCAGUCAUUACCCCUUACUCUGGAUUCAGUGUCUUUGUGGCUGUCCAUGUGAAUAUGUACGCGACUAUUGCCCCUCAUAAAUAUCCGGGGGGGUUGAAAAGCGCCGAGGAUGAGAAGAAGAAGAACUUGCUGUAUCUUGAGCGUCUAACGCAGUUCUGGCCCGUUGGCCACCAAUGGUGGCACACUGUACAGGAGGCAGAAAAAUUCUAUGGGGCUGCCAAGAGAAGUGAAUCAAUUGACGCAGCUUCAACUAGUCGACCCAGUCAUUUGGCUCUUGCAAGUACUCUAGACGAGUAUGGGGAUAUCAGGCACCAAAGUUCUGUUCAUCGGGUCUCUCGUGAGGGUGAACCACUUCAGGGCAACGAUAGAUAUUCCCGCACUGAAGAACAUCAGCGCACUGCAAGACAAUCAAAUAUACCACGGGAAUCCAUGUCCCUGGAUGGUAAUACGAUGUUAGGCGAUAACGAAAGCAAUAAUAUGCUUUUUCACAGCCUAGAAGCAGAAUUAAUGCAAUGGCCUUUCAUAGAUGAGACAUGGUCGACUGGAAUUGAAUCUGGAUGGCUUAAUUGA